AUGCGCCGUCAUAAGGAAAAAACUGUAAAGUGCCCCCACUGCGAUAGACGUUUUAUAUUCCAAUCCGAAGUGAAAAGUCAUAUUAACAUAGUCCACACACAGUCAGGAGAAACCUUCAAGUGCGAGAUAUGUGAUUUCACUUGCAAAACUAGAUGUAAUUUAAAAACUCAUGUCGUUAGUGUUCACACAAAAGAUUUUCUGUACAAAUGCCAAAGUUGUGACAAGGGUUACAUGCGUAAGUCCGAACUCGAUAACCACGAAAAAAUCCAGCAUCAAGGCGUACGUCACGUUUGCCAACAUUGUGGAAAAGUUUAUUUGAACGAACCAUGUUUUAUAAAACACUGCAAAAGUCACGAUCCCGAUCACAUCGAGAAAGUUUUUACUUGCCAAAUGUGUCCUGUUGUGUAUCGCUCGUAUUCUGCAUAUUCUCGACAUAAGAAGGGACACAAGGGACCGUUGCCAAGUUAUGUUUGUGAUGUCUGUGGAAAAAGGGUAAGCACGUUCCAAAGUUUAAAGAAUCACAAAAAAGUGCACACAGGGGAGAGGAAUUAUUUGUGUGGUACUUGCGGCAAAGACUUUAUCAGAAAACAGGCGCUGGAUGCUCAUAUGAGAGUUCAUACGAAGGAACGACCAUUUCAAUGUUUGGUUUGUAGUAAACGAUUCACGCAGAAAAGUUCGCUUAAUAUACAUAUAAGGCAUCACACUGGCGAACGACCAUAUGGGUGCGAGUUGUGUUCGAAGAAAUUUUAUACUAAUACUUUGUUGAAAGAUCAUAAAUGUAAAGCUAAGGGUUAA